GGAUUCCUUCCCCUGCGGCUUGGAGAGAUGCAAAUCUCGGGAACAAUAGGGCGGCUGUUCCCCUGGUUCUACCUCCACUGAAAAGAUCAGGGCUGGAGCCUCGGAGAGUCACUCGAUUCUCAGCUCCCCUACAUGGACAAACCCGGUGGAAACAAGACCCAGUCUCUGCCUCCCUUGCCACCCCCCAGAUCACUGGGUAAGCACCAGAGGGGAGAGAAACAUCCAGUUUCCCCAUCUUGGAAAGAGGAAGCUCUCAUGUCGCCUUCCUCUGGUUCUCCUGGGCUCCUGAGCCAAUGGGAUGCUGAGGAGGAAGAUGAUGGAGAUGCAGAAUAUGAGCUUCCUCCUUGUGAAUCCCUGCCCCUCAAGAUGGCCCCUGCCUGUCCUCUCCCCCUGGAGAAGAACGAGCUCUAUCUGGAUCGAUCCAUCACCCCUGGACCUGUCAAGCCAGUGCUCCAGCCCCCCGCGCUGCUGGCUGCCCUGAGCCUACAGGAGGCCGUGGGUGGAGGAGACCACUCGGGUAGAAAAGAUCUGACUGUAUCUGGAGGCACAGGUCUAGCUGGAGAAGAGGACUCCGAGGAAGCCAUUUACCUGGAACCCAUUCGAGACCAGGCCUUGGAUUCCCAGGCCCCACCACCCCCAACCAUGAUCCCAAGACCAACAGUGACCCCUAGAUCUGCCUACAAGCCCACUUCUGUCCCCCAGGAAGCUCGGAGUGGGACAAAAGACAUGGCUUGCAAUGCCGCUCUGUGUAAUCCCCUUCCUCCAGCUGGGAGGAAACCACCCAAGGAGAAUACCCCUGCGGAUGAGGAGGCCAGCAUGCUGAGUCAGCCCUGGUAUUCCGCACACUGUGACCGCCAUACUGUUGAGAAUGCCCUUCUCCACCUCCAAAAGGAUGGCACCUACACUGUUCGGCCCAGCUCAGACUCCCAAGGACUGAAGCCCUUCACCCUGGCUGUGUUCUUCCAUGGCCAUGUCUACAAUAUUCCCAUCUGGUGGCUAGAUGCCAGGCUACAAUAUGCGCUAGGUCGGGAGGGCAAGAACUCUGAAAAGAUUACAACCAGACCACUUCGGCCCAUCCUGUGCGAAUCUCAGCCUCAUCGAUCCAAACGCUGGGGGAGCACGACGACAAGCUUUUGUUCAUGGGGAGAAGGGACCAGGGUGGCCAGAGUCCCUGCAGCCUUGCUCAGGAGCCUGGCAGUGUGUGUGCACAGGGGCCUUGCCUCAGUGGUUCCAUUGAGCAAAUAGUCACUUCUCUACCCACGGAGCUCUGAUUCUGCUUUCCUCAGUACUGAAGUAAUAAUAGCUGACAGUUAUAUGGCCCAUUAAGGUUUCCAAAGUCCUUCCCCUACAUCCGCUCAUCAAACCCUUGCCACACCCUGGGGAGGGAUUGUUAGACCCAUUUUAUAGAAGAGCAAACAGGCUCAGAAGAGUUAAACAACUUGAUUAUGGUAAGUGUCUGGGUGGAAUUUGAAUCCAGACCUCUGCUCUGAGGUCAAAGGUCCUGGGUUAAAAUUCUAGCUCUUAGGCCAAUCACUUACCCUCCUUUGUCCUCAGUUUCCUCAUCUGUAAAAUCAGGCAUUUGGAUUAGUGUCCCGAAGAGGGCCCCUCCCUGCUCUAAAUCUGGGAUUCUGUGGCUCCAAGCCCAGCUCUCCUUCCUCUACCCCUGUGGGAGAGCCAGAUUUUAUAAAAUGGAACUGUGGCUUCAUGGCAUUAGGAAUCUUCUCUGCUUUGGAUCCUGGCCUUGGAGAGAACAGUUUGAGGCAUUCACCAGCUUGCUCAAUGACACAGCCAGUAGAUGCUGUCAGAAGGAGGACUGGAACUCGGGUCCACUUGACUCGCAGACCAGCUCUCCCCCUAUCCCAUCACCGGACAUCAAUACCUCAGGCCGUUCCCUGGACCGGCACGGGCACGGCUGGUCCGAAAGGAAGGCUCAUCCCUGAAAGGCCAGUUGAGAGCAGGGUGUGCUGAGGCCCAGGAGUGGGUAGAUGAGCCUCAGGGGGGACAAACGUCAUCCCAGACAUCCCCAUGAGAUGGGCCAAAGGCUCCCAGUGUAAAGUCAGAGCCAGUGACAGAAUCUAGGAAUCGAUGUCAAUACAUGGGGAGAACCGACUUCAUCACUGACACACCCAGACAGAGAUACGCACAUUCUACCAGCUUACACCCACCCACCCACACACAUCACACAUCCCACCAGUACAUAACACCACCAGAACCAACACACACCACCGAUUCACCAUAGCUCACCCACCCACCCAGCACACACACCCAAUAUACACGCUCCUAUGCACUA